GCUGGUCGGAGUGUACAUUUAAUGUUUCAGCAGUCUACAGACACAAAGCCGACACGACAUAUCGUCUCGAAAACUCGAGAGAAAUCUUUCCCGAUCUAAUACCCACAUCCCCCACAUUUGUCGAUCUUUCGCAGACCGCCGGAAUGGCCUUUGUAGCGCGUCGGAGUAGCGAUGGCACUGUGGUGGAUCGCCAGCAGGUGUCCAGUCGGGGCAGCGUACGUCCCCUUUCCCAGUCGGACAUCAGUGACGAGGAUUCGGAGUCGCUGCUGGGCUAUACUAACCGCACCUAUGGAGCUCCCACUGUGAGGUAUGUUGGCCAGGGAGACGAUCGUGACGCGUUGGAAUCUCAGACGGAAACGAAGACGGAUUUCGAGGAUGCCGACAACCUUCAAUUCGAGGAUUCCCUGGAGGAACACGCCGACAUCUCGGACAGCGAAACCGAUUCCAUUUUGAGCUUCUGCAAAGAACUGGAGGAGGAGGAGGCCAACGAUGCCUUGCUAAGUGGUAUGGUGAGCUUUGCAGGCGGAGAGCCGAAAGCUAUGGAUGAAGCUGAUGCCGAAGUUGUGGAUCAACGAGGCAUGAAGCAGGAGGAUGAGGCAGCUGCCACGGACACGGAGACCGUGAUGAACGUGGACCACGAUGUGCAGAGCCUGAGCUCCUUUGCCAGCUGCACGCCAACGGUGACGCAGCGCGGUGAGGAUGUCGACAACUUGGACAAUAUCAGCGGCAGGACAUUUUUCAAGCAGGACGAGCUGGACAGCAUCAGCACCAGGACCUUCUUCAAGGAGGACAAGCUGGAUGCACUGAGCAGCAGGACCUUCCACAAGAAGGCCUCCUUGAAGGAUAAGAGGAAGCACACGCCCUCGUCCCUCGAGGCGGAUCUGGGCCAGUUGUCCAGUCGCACAUACGACCUCAGUAACUCGGGAAGCAACCGCAACCACGACGGCUCCUCGAUGUCCACCUGCAGCUGGUCGGACAUGUACCGCGGUGCCCUACAGCCCUGCGAUGGACGCAGCGAAAUUCCCACCCUGAGCCUGGCCAGCGGCGCCUCGGAGACGUCCACGUACUGCAAGCAGCUGGAGGAGCGCCAGAGCGCGGAGUCCUUUGAGAAGUGGAAGAAACGAAAGGCGGCCCAGAAGCAGAAGGAUCUGCUGGCUGCCAAGCUGGAGCGCCAGAAGCGGGAGGCGGAGGCGGCAAAGCGACAGGUACUUGCCCAGGAACACUUCGAGAAGUGGCGUCGCCGCAAAGAGCAGCAGCAGCAGCAACAGCAACAACAACAGCAAAAGCCGAAGAUGAAGGCUUCCGCCGCCAGUCCGCCAGGUUCGGGCUCCGUUUCCGGCUCUGGUGUCGGUCCUGCCAAAAAGGUCCUGCCGCCGGAGAUGACACAGAAGCGGCUGCAGGAGUGGGAGCGAGUCAAGAAGGAGCAGCAGCAGUUGGAAAGAGAACGCCUGCGCAGACUGCAGAGUAACAAGCAGAAGCUGGAGGACGAACGCCGACAGCUCUCCCAAGGCGCCUGGCAAAACUGGAUGAAACAGGUGGACAAGCGGGCCAAGCCGGUUCCCCUCAAUCAGGGCUUCGAUACGCUGCGCGGCACCAUAUCCAACAUCUACAUUAACCCAGUGCAGUGGGUGUCCAACAUCGAUCCGCAGGAUGCGGGGCGCAGUCGUUAAGAGUUCCACGGAACAUUCUCCCACAUUCGUUAGUCCAUCGCCCUUUCACGCUGCAAUGCAUGCAAAUCCUACAAGGGACGACUGGUGCUGGAAGACAGAAGCAGAUCGCAUCGGUUGCUGGGCUAGCAAAAUGAUUUUAAUUCUACUACACAUUAUACACGACUUUUGAUUAGUGGCGGUGGAUCCCACUUUGUUUUACCUUCGCAAGUUACUCAAUAAACUACAAGAUCAGCGGCUUUAACUGCAA